CAUCUUCUCAACUUCUCAUUUGCUGCACAGCCCCGAUGCCCAGAAGGCCAAGACUUUACCAAGAAUACCAAGACUUUGGCGGCCACCAAGACUGAUUUCUACCGCGUCAUCCUGUGCCCUCCUGUGGUCUGUCUUCCGUGUCUGUUGAUUCCCAUUUUCUUGUGUUCCCAAAAAGCCCAGAGUUGCCGAGAAGGAAGAAAAAAAAGUGGCCUUGAAAGCCUGUUUCCCCCCCUUUUCCUUCCCUUUCCCGUGCAUCCUGAUUCUGAGCUGUGAGAAGACAAAGCUCUGUUGGUUAACCUGCAACCAUCCCCAACUCACACCCGUCCAUCGUUUAUUCCUCCACCUCAACUCGAAUAAACACGCACAGUUUACACACCAAACUACAACCUUCGCUUCAUUUCUCGCCACAGCAUUUUCACUUUUUCAUACCGGCCGAACUCCCAAUCAGGGAAAUCAAUCGUAGUAAAUAAACAUCGACACUCGCUUCCGACGACGAAUACGAAUUUCUGACCGACCGAUCGACCGACCGACACCUCUCACCGCAGCCACAGUUUCUUUUACGGCCCCCUUCUACCUUUGGCGCCGCCCAUUCAUGAACAGUCGCUUCUCAUAAACGAAAAACCUUCUUUUUCAAACUUCGACCCGGCUUUCAUUUUCAGUCACAGUCGACUCAUUCAGUUUCAUUUCAACUCACACGUCACCCCGAACCGCUUCGACCGAUAAAUCGAUUCGACCGCCUUCUCCACCCGAUUCUAAGGGAUCUUGCAUUACAACUCACCAAUCUUGAUUCCUCAUUCAGCAGCGCUUUACGUCUUCUUCCGUAGACCGGCUCUUCGCCAUGGUCGCUUCACUCGCUUCUGCCGCUUCGGCGGCACUCUUGCUCGUCGGCAGCCUCCCCGCCGUCAACGCGCAGUACACCAUCGACACAACUGACAACAUAAAAAAGUCAGCAAAAAUGCUCGCAUACGACCUCAUCAAACAGUACAAGGGCAACCAGACCGGCGAGAUCCCCGGUAUUCUACCCGGUCCGCCAACCGAGCACAAGGGCGACUACUACUGGUGGGAAGGAGGCGCCAUGAUGGGCACUUACAUCGACUACUGGAAGCUGACGGGCGACUCGGCCUACAACGACCUCGUCAUGCAGGGCAUGCUUCACCAGACCGGCCCCAAUGCCGACUACAUGCCGCCAAACCACACCGCAUCCCUGGGUAACGACGACCAAGGCUUCUGGGGCAUGUCCGCCAUGUUGGCCGCAGAGAACAAGUUCCCGAACCCGCCCGAAGAGAAGCCUCAGUGGCUGGCACUGGCGCAGGCCGUGUGGACGACGCAGGCGAGCCCCGAUCGUCACGAUGACACCUGCGGUGGAGGUCUGAGAUGGCAGGUGCCUUUUUCCAACGCUGGAUACAACUACAAGAACACCAUCGCAAACGGAUGUUUCUUCAACAUUGGCGCCCGCCUCGCCAGAUACACCAACAACGACACGUACGCGCAGCACGCCGAGAAGACCUGGGACUGGCUCUGGGCCGUCAACUACAUUGACCACGAGUCCUGGAACGUCUACGACGGCGGUCACGUCGAGCACAACUGCACCGACGUCAACAAGCAGCAAUUCUCUUACAACGCGGCCAUUCUCACGCAGGGCGCCGCUUUCAUGUAUAACUACACCAACGGUUCCGACGUCUGGAAAGGCCGCAUCGAAAAGAUGACAGAGUCCCUCUUCCUCAACUUCUUCCCCAACAACACCGCCUACGAGCUGGCCUGCGAGGGCCGCAAGGGCCAGUGCACCGCCGACAUGUUGUCCUUCAAGGGCUACGUCCACCGCUGGAUGUCCGUCGUCACGCAGGUCGCCCCCUUUAUGAAGGACAAGAUUCUGCCCGUCCUCAAGGAGUCGACGCAGCACGCCGUCAACCAGUGCACGGGUGGCGCCGAGGGUCGCACCUGCGGCUUCUACUGGAACGAGCAAGUCUAUGUGGACCCGGCCGUCGACAAGACCUCUGGUGCCGGUGAAGUCAUGAACGUCUUGGCUGCUGUGUCAAGUCUUCUUAUCGAGGAUUCCGCGCCGCCUGUGACGAAUUCGACGGGUGGUAUUUCAGCGGGUGAUCCUGAUGCAGGAAGCAAGAGUAAGGACAACAUUGAGCCGGAGCCUAUCACGACGGCGGAUAAGGCUGGCGCGGGUAUCCUGACAUUCAUCGUCCUUGCUGGUGGUCUGGGUACGUGGGGAUGGAUGAGUCUGGGUGACUGAGAGGGUGGGGGAAAGUGAGAGAGAGCCUGAAGAAAGGAGGCAUGAGAUACCUAAAGUAAUGGGUUGUUUGAUUUGUUGUACGGAUUACAUAUCAGGAUCGCAUGGCAUGGCGUUCUGGGUAAACACUGCAGGAGGGGAACUUGACUAACCACCACUGCCACGAAUUACUUUUCUUACUUCUACCACUUUCCACCGUUACCACCUUGUGACCCACGCGAUCGGUGGAACGACGCCAAUAGAAAGA